GGGCCGGGCGCGCGCGGGGGUCCCGUUGGAGGCAGCCAAAGUGGGAGAUCGGCUGCUGCAGCGGGGCGGCAUGGCGAGCACGGCCUCGGAGAUCAUCGCCUUCAUGGUCUCCAUCUCGGGCUGGGUGCUGGUGUCGUCCACGCUGCCAACCGACUACUGGAAGGUGUCCACCAUCGAUGGCACGGUCAUCACCACCGCCACCUAUUUUGCCAACCUGUGGAAGACGUGCGUCACCGACUCCACCGGGGUCGCCAACUGCAAGGAUUUCCCCUCCAUGCUGGCGCUGGACGGUUAUAUCCAGGCAUGUAGAGGACUUAUGAUUGCUGCAGUCAGCCUGGGCUUUUUCGGCUCCGUAUUUGCCCUCUUUGGAAUGAAGUGUACCAAAGUCGGAGGCUCAGAUCAAACCAAAGCUAAAAUUGCUUGUUUGGCUGGGAUUGUAUUCAUACUGUCAGGACUUUGCUCCAUGACUGGUUGUUCCCUCUAUGCCAACAAAAUCACAACAGAAUUCUUUGACCCUCUCUAUGUGGAGCAAAAGUAUGAAUUAGGAGCUGCUCUCUUCAUUGGCUGGGCAGGAGCCUCACUCUGUAUAAUUGGUGGUGUCAUAUUUUGCUUUUCGAUAACUGACAGCAACAAAACACCCAGGAUGGCUUACACAUACAACGGGGCCACCUCGGCUAUGUCCUCGCGCACCAAGUAUCCUGGCGGAGACUUGAAGACCUCACACCCUUCCAAACAGUUUGACAAAAAUGCUUAUGUCUGAAGGGGCCCCUGGAAAGCUGGGUGUUGAGGUGGGAGACAGACUGGACUGUACUUGACGUGACCCCAUGGAGAUCCCCCUGAUUAGCACUCUAUUUUGGAAAUACACAUUUGGAGAUGUGUUGAUUGCCUGGAUGUAUGUGUUCUUAUCUAGUGAUGUACUAAUCAUUUUCUGUUGUACCUUUCUAUAAAAAAAAAAUAAAGUACUUUACAGGA